AUGGAGCCUCCUGACUUCGAAGCCACGAACUUCACGGUGAAGCCCACAGAGAGCGCGUACCCCUUAUGUGAGAAAUGGCAAGACGGCUCCGAGGGCUCCGUGUUCCACCUCGCUAACAUCUUCCUAUUUUUCGGCUUCAUGGGAGGAAGCGGCUUUUAUGGACAUUUAUAUUUGUUCACCUUCCUGACGUUGGGCUUCUUCUGCACUUCUCUGUGGGCUUGGGCGGACACAUGCACGCCGGACGCCUUCCUGUGGUGUUUGGCGCUCUUCGCGGUGUCUUUGGGCCAGUUUGUCCACGUCGCCUACAGACUGAAGAACGUCUCCUUCAAAAGGGACUUCCAGGACCUUUACAACUGCCUCUUUAAAAAGCUGGGAGUGUCACUCACACAAUACGGGAAGAUAGUUUCCUGCUGCGAGGGAGACGUCCACACCAUAGAGAAGGACCACUGCUUCGCCGUCGAGGGGAAGACCACCAUUGAUAAGUUGUCGUUGCUCCUGUCUGGCAGAAUCAGAGUGACAGUUCAGGGCGAGUUUCUGCACUACAUCUACCCCUUUCAGUUUUUGGAUUCACCAGAAUGGGACUCACUCAGACCAUCAGAGGAGGGUGUAUUCCAGGUCACUUUGUCAGCCGACAACCCGUGUACAUAUGUGGCAUGGAGAAGGAAGAAACUCUAUCUUCUCUUUGCCAAACACCGCUACAUAGCCAGGAUCUUCGCCCUGGUUGUGCGGAAUGAUAUCGCAGACAAGCUGUACUCCCUUAACGACAAGGCAUUCGACUGCGCCGGGCACCGCUACGAUCUCCGCUUACCAAGCUACUGUCACAUGCCAGAGACCGAAUUAGAAACGGCAGAUGUCCUCCCGAAAGUCCCAGCGCAGGAAUGACUGUAUGACCACACGAACAUUGCUGCAGGCGUGACACACUUUUUACCCACUCAGUGAGCAUAGGAAGAGGUAACGUUUAAUAUGUUUUGUCUGUUCAGACUAUUUUUUUUUUAAUGCUUUUUUAUACUCCCUCGCCAUUUUUCCUCAAUGUAAACAUUUUUAAAUAUAUAUUAACAAUGAUUCCACUCACUUUAGUGAACAUAUACAACUCUUUAAAGGGGAACAUUAUCACCAGACCUAUGUAAGCGUCAAUAUAUACCUUGAUGUUGCA